AUGUGUCCGUCCCCAGCCCGCCCCAGAAGCGCACUUCUCGCAGGCCCAGGCGUUCAGCCCAAUGCGCGCCCCGCAGCCUUCCACUCCCCGGACCCAGGGGUCUUCCCGGCAGACCCGAGCCGCACUCGCGCCUGCAGCAGCCGUCGUUCCCGCCCCCGGCAAGCCCCGGACCCAGGCGUCCUGCCCCCUGCUCUGACCCCUGGUGGCCCCCACCUCCGGCGACCCCUCACGCACACACCCUCACCCCCACCCCCACCCGCGCACGCACACAUGCUGAUAACAGCCCCGACCCCCGGCGGGAGCCGCAGUCCCCGAGCCAACCCUGGCCGGUCGCUUCGCCGCGCCUUCUUCCCGGACCCUGGCGGCCGCGACGUGCCUGCGCCCCCUGCACGGCGACCCCCUCCUCCAAGCCAGUCGAGCUGGCCCUGCUACCCAGAUUCUCCUGCCCGGCUGCUUCUGCUGCCCUUCCUCGUGGUUCCUCUGGGCCUCCUGGUCCUGGGCUCCCCUCCCCGCCUGAUCUGUGACAGCCAAGUCCUGGAGCGGUACAUCCUGGAGGCCAAGGAGGCUGAGAAUGACACGAUGGGCUGUGCUGAAGAGUGCAGCCUGAGUGAGAAUAUUACUGUUCCAGACACCAAGGUUAACUUCUACGCCUGGAAUAGGAUGGAGGUCAGCCAGCAGGCCAUGGAAGUCUGGCAGGGCCUGGCCCUGCUCUCAGAAGCCAUCCUUCAGGGCCAAGCCCUAUUGGUCAACUCCUCCCAGCCCUUGGAGUCCUGGCGGCUCCAUGUGGACAAAGCCAUCAGUGGCCUGCGCAGCCUCACCUCCCUGCUUCGAGCGCUGGGAACCCAGAAGGAAGCCGUCUCUGUUCCAGGCACAGCCUCUGCUGCUCCUCUCCGAACAUUCACUGUGGAUACUUUGUGCAAACUUUUCCGAGUCUACGCCAAUUUCCUCCGGGGCAAGCUGAAGCUGUACACAGGGGAGGCCUGCAGGAGAGGGGAUAGGUGA